AUGAAAAUUUUAAUUACUCUAAUAGUGACUUAAUCUAUAUCAACAAUCAUAGGUCUUACAGAAUAUAAAGAACCUUAAGAAGUGAUAGCAUUGGCUCUAGAACUUUUUGGACUCGCAAUAUUAUUACUUUUAAAGAGGAUGAAUUAAUCGGAAUUAACUUAGAGAUUACUGCUUUUAUGCUAAUCACUAAUAAUAUUUAUAUCUAUUCCAGAUUCUCAGUUUAAAUUUUAUACAGCAGUUUACCAUAUAGUGGUUCGUAUUCAACUUUAGAAUAAACUAAGUAAAUAGUUAUUACUAGAAUGGUUGGGUAAAAUACUAAAUAAAUAAUGAUUUAGUCUUUCUUUCCAUAAUACUAAUACUCGAAACAUCUUAAGAGAUGCAAGAAAUUAUUAGAAGCGUAUUUGCAGGAAUUGCUAUGAUGGUGAUGUAAUGUUUUCUUUUCUAAGAUUAACUUCAAAAUGAAGCAAAUAAACCAUAAAUCAUGAUAUAAUCAAAGAUUAACUAUACUAUGGUAAAUAAUGAUGGCUCUAAUCCAAGAAAUAUUGGAGAGCGAAUCUCAGAUCCAAAAGUAAGUUCAUUAUGUUUAGAUGAUCAAUAUAAUAUUAUAGAGUUUUAAAAAUAAAGUGCUAUUUACUAAUUUAUAGAUGGUGAAGUUGAAAAUCUCCUUUAGGAUUUAUAAAUUAAUAAAAUAGACUCAAAAUCAAAGUAGUUAUUACCCUAAAAAUGCAAUUAAAUUUCAUUAAAAUAUUUUUUAGACUAAGUUAAAAAUAAUGCUAUACCAAUGGUUAUUUAAGUAAUUGACUAUUCACAUCCAAAAAUAGAAAAUCAUUUAAUUAAAAUCAUUUAUCAAAAUGAUUUUGAGAUUCAAUUUUACGAUAUUGAAGAAAGAGACAAAUAUUUAAAAAGAAGUUAUAUUUAUGCUAUUUUAAAAUAAAUAUUUAAUACUAUGUCACACGAAUUUGGAACAUCUUUAAAUUAUUUACUAGCUUUAGCCUAAGUGGCAAUAGAUAAAUAUAAUGAUAAAGAAUUAUAAUCAUACUUCUAACCUAUCAAAUCAACAGGAAUGAUAAUGUAUCAUUUUGUACUGGAUAUGAUAGAUUUUAAUGCACUUUUAGGAAAGAAAUUAGAGUUAUAAUUUGAAAAGUUAGAUGUAAGAUAUAUGUGAUAAUAUUAAGAUUAUUGAAAUUCUCUAAGAAGUAACAGACAUCUUUUCUCAUUCUUUAUAAUAAAAAGGAUUAACUAUUAGCUAUGACAUUUUUCUAAAUGAGAAAACAAUAUUUACAGAUAGAAGAAGACUUAAGCAAAUCUUAAUAACUUUAAUUUCGAAUGCUCAAAAGUUUACUUUCAAAGGUGGAAUAAAAUUAUUAGUAAAAUCAAUUGAACAAAAUAAAUUUGUUUUCUUUGAAAUUGUGGAUACAGGAGUUGGACUUACAACAACAGAAUUAGAAAUAUUGACUGAAAUGCUUAAAACGGACUAUAAGAAUGAAAAAUAGAUAUCUAAAAAAACAGCUGGAUUUGGAUUAGGAUGCUACUUAUGUAAUAAAAUUGCAAUGAGCCUUUCUAAUCUUAAAUAUGAAGAAGGAGGAGGAAUUAGAUUUUCAAAUAAUUAAGAAGAAAAAGGCACAAAAGUAACAUUUAAAAUAAUUAAUUAAUAAUUGAAUAUUAAUUAUACUUUGGUUGCAUAAUAAGAUAAUUCAAGUGGAAUUUUAAAAAUAGCUAAAAAUGUGAUUAUUGAUUUAAAACAAUCAUAAAUUGAAUUAAGUUACAGUGGAUUAAAGAAACCAUUGACUAAAAGAUUCAGUACAAUUAUGGUACCUAAGGUUAAAAGUUUUCAUGAAGAUUAAAUUAGAGAUCCAACUUACAUUAAAUAACCUACAAAAGACUGUUUUUAAGGAAUGCAAAUGUAGUAUACAAAAAUAGAUUCAGAUAGUGUAAAUGAAGAAACAAAUGAAGAAGAUUAUUAAAAAAGAUUAUAGAUAUAAAAUGUGAAAUUUACCUAUUCUCCUAGUGACAUAGUCCGUGAAUUAAGAUAAUAAUCAGUUGGAGUAAGUGAACCUUAUGUACCUGAUUGUAAGUGUAAAACAAUACUAAUUGUUGAUGAUGAAAUGAUUAAUAUCUUAGGAUUAUCUUUGAUGUUAAAAUCUCUUAAUUUAGAUGCUGA